AUGGCCCAUGCCAAUGAUGAAUCCUUGUCACUACCACACUCACCCGAUCCGUAUCUCCGUAUGAGUCUCCACCCACAACAGUGCCACCUCCGUUCCAACACAACACCACUGAACUGCCAACACCACCUUCACUCACAGGGCAACCACUGCCAACACCACCGUCACUCACAGCGCAACCACUGCCAACCUCCUGCUGCCACCACCACGCUUACCCCCCACCCACACCCCUCCCCCCUCCCCCACCACCGCUGGAGCACCCGCCAACACCAGUCACCACCACCUCCCUCGCCGACCACAACACCACCACACCAUCAACACCAAACCGUAACACGCAGCAUCCUUGUCCCCUGA